AUGGCAUCCGAAGAAGCGAUCGCCGCCGUGGCUGAGACGGUCGAGAAUCCUCCACCGGAGCCGGCCAACACCGAGCCGGCCGAGGAAAAGCCGGCGGCCAAAACCGGCAAGGCGAGCAAAGCCAAGGAGCCGAAGGCGAAGAAACCAGCCGCUCCCAAGAAGGCUAGAACUACUCCCACUCACCCUCCUUAUGAAGAGAUGGUUAAGGAUGCGAUUGUGACUUUGAAGGAGAGAACUGGUUCGAGCCAGUAUGCGAUCACAAAGUUCAUUGAAGAAAAGCACAAGCAACUCCCUCCAAACUUCAAGAAGCUUCUGCUUUACCAUUUGAAGAAGCUUGUUUCUUCCGAUAAGCUCGUCAAGGUCAAAAGUUCAUUCAAGCUUCCUUCUGCUAGGUCCGCCGCGGCACCUAAGCCUGCUUCUCCGGUGAAGAAGAAGCCAGUGGCCGCCGCCAAGCCCAAGGCCAAAGCUGCUGCGAAGCCUAAGGGAGGCAAAACGACUAAGCCAGCAAGCAAAGCUCCGGCGAAGCCAAAGGCUGCUGCAGCAAAGCCAAAGCCUAAGCCGAAACCUGCUGCAAAGCCGAAGGCUGCUGCUCCAAAGCCCAAAGCUGCUGCUCCUGUCAAGUCGAAGCCGGUUGCAACUGUCAAGCCUAAAGUUACCGCUGCCAAGCCAAAAGCUGCAGCUGCCAAGCCAAAGGCAGCAGCUCCAAGGCCCAAGCCCAAGGAGAGACCGGCCAAGGCGGCGCGGACUCUGACGAGGUCAUCUCCGGGAAGAAAAGCUCCGGCGGCCAAGCCUGCACCGAAGAAAGCUGCGACUCCAAAGAAGGCUCCAACUCGGAGCGUGAAGCCAAGAAGCGUCAAGUCGCCGGCGAAGAAAGCUCCAGCUCGGAAGGGAAGAAAGUGA